AAGUCGCUUCCAACUAAUUCUGGACCUCGUGUGAUAACCUACAGACUCCCUCCCUAAUCUAUACCGGCACGUUUCUGGAAUCUUCUAAAAAGUAGCACCGGGACCUUUGGUUAAGACUGAUCCGCAUUUUGCUCAGCAAAUUCAUCACAUAAAAAUGUCUGGAGCUUUGAAACGUUUGGUCCCUCUUUUCGACCGCGUUCUAAUCAAAAAGGCUGAGGCCGUGACGAAAACGGCUGGAGGAAUCGUCAUUCCUGAGAAGGCACAAGCCAAAGUGCUCCAAGGAACUGUUGUGGCUGUAGGACCUGGUGCCAGAGCUAAUGAUGGACAAAUUAUCCCCCUCUCAGUUAAAGUAGGAGAUAAAGUAUUGUUACCUGAAUAUGGUGGUACCAAAUUGGAAUUAGAAGAAAACCAGGAAUAUCACUUGUAUAGGGAAUCUGAUAUUUUAGGCAAAUUGGAAGCUUAAGUGGAUCUAUUUUGUACUUUUAUAUGUUCAUUAUCUUCUCUGUGAGAAAGCCUGGGGUUUUUAUGUUGAAAAUUGUUAUUUUUUAAGUCAAAGACUAAAAAUUCCAGGCAAAGAAUGUUCGACCAGGAUUCACUAAGUUAAGUCGAAUAUGUCCAGAAAUUCCAUCAUUGUUGUAGUAUAUUAGCUUUAAUUGUAUGUUGUUAAUCUUUAAGAAUAAAAUUUUUUACUAAAAA